CGCCGCCGCCGCCCGGGGCGGUCGAGGAGCGGCAAUGAGCUGGUUCAACGCCUCGCAGCUCUCCAGCUUCGCCAAGCAGGCGCUGUCCCAGGCCCAGAAGUCCAUCGACCGGGUCCUGGACAUUCAGGACGAGGAGCCGGGAACCUGGGCCGACACCAUUCCCUACGGGGAGCCGGGCUUAAGUCCCCAGGUCAGUGGAGGAUGGGAUACUUCCACCUGGGGAUUGAAAUCAAACACUGAACCACAGAGUCCACCGACGGCCUCUCCUAAAGCCAUCACAAAGCCGGUGAGAAGGACUGUAGUAGAUGAAUCUGAAAAUUUCUUCAGUGCCUUUCUCUCUCCAACGGAUGUCCAGACUAUUCAGAACAGUCCGGUGGUAUCAAAGCCUCCAGCUAAAUCACAACGACCGGAAGAAGAAGUGAAAAGCACUUUACAAGAAUCCUUAAUCUCUGGACCGUCAGAAGUUACAGAGACAGCUGAGUCAGAAGUGAGAGACCCUGUGUGUGUACCAGGGAAAACUGUGGCAGUGGACUCAUCACCUCAAACUGAAGGCAAGCAAGAAGAAACUGUUGAUAAAGAGUCUGAAAUGAAGGUGCCUGCUAUAUGCUUGAAGGUGUCUGAGAAUGUGACUAAGGCAAAAACAGCUUCAGAAAGUGUGUCUAGCAUGUCUACGCAGUCUCUCCCAGCAGAAACAAAGGACAUGGCUUUGGAAGCUAAGGAGCAGAAACAUGAAGACAGACAGAGCAACACACCCUCUCCUCCUGCUAGUACCUUCUCCUCGGGUACUUCUACCACCAGUGAUAUUGAAGUUUUAGAUCAUGAAAGUGUAAUAAGCGAGAGCUCAGCAAGUUCAAGACAGGAGACUACAGAUGCCAAAUCAAGUCUUCACCUGAUGCAGACGUCUUUUCAGCUUCUCUCUGCAUCUGCUUGUCCUGAGUAUAAUCGUUUAGAUGAUUUCCAAAAGCUCAACGAGAGUUGCUGCUCAUCUGAUGCUUUUGAAAGAAUAGACUCAUUUAGUGUACAGUCAUUAGAUAGCCGGAGUGUCAGCGAAAUCAAUUCAGAUGAUGAGCUGUCAGGCAAGGGAUAUGCUUUAGUGCCUAUUCUAGUUAAUUCUUCCACUCCAAAGACUAAAAUAAUUGACUCUAUUGAGGGAAAAGCUGAAGAAGUAGUAAAUGAUGAAACAGUUAUACCCACUGAAGAAGCAGAAAUGGAGGAAAGUGGACGCAGCACCACACCUGUUAACUGUGAACAGCCAGAUACGCCAGUUGAACAGCCAGAUACUCUGGUUUCUUCUGUGCCUACAACUGAAGGAUGUAACACUGCCUUAGAUGAGCUAUCUGAGCAGCGUGAAGUUGCAGAAAGCCAGCCAGAAGUACUUUCUGAGAAGGAAGAUGUUUGCAAGACCAUUGAAUUUCUGAAUGAGAAACUGGAAAAAAGGGAGGCUCAGUUAUUAUCUCUUAGUAAAGAAAAAGCACUUUUAGAAGAAGCUUAUGAUAACCUGAAAGAUGAAAUGUUCAGAGUCAAAGAAGAAAGCAGCAGCAUUUCUUCCUUGAAAGAUGAGUUUACUCAGCGGAUUGCAGAAGCAGAAAAGAAAGUACAGCUCGCCUGCAAAGAGAGAGAUGCUGCUAAAAAGGAAAUAAAAAAUAUGAAAGAAGAACUUGCUACUAGAUUAAAUAGUAGUGAAACUGCAGACCUUUUAAAAGAGAAAGAUGAACAGAUUCAAGGAUUAAUGGAAGAAGGAGAAAAGCUUUCAAAGCAGCAGCUACAUAAUUCUAAUAUCAUUAAGAAAUUAAGAAUUAAAGACAAAGACAGUGAAAAUACUAUUGCAAAGCUGAACAAAAAAGCUAAAGAGCAAGAAGAGGAGUUGCAGCAUUUAAAACAGGUCCUUGAUGGCAAAGAAGAAGUUGAGAAACAACAUAGAGAAAAUAUUAAGAAACUAAAUUCUGUGGUAGAACGCCAAGAGAAAGAUCUUGGCCGACUUCAAAUAGACAUGGAUGAACUUGAAGAAAAGAACCGCAGUAUUCAGGCUGCCCUGGAUAGUGCAUACAAAGAACUUACUGAUCUUCACAAAGCCAAUGCUGCAAAGGAUAGUGAGGCACAGGAAGCUGCUCUGAGUCGUGAAAUGAAAGCUAAAGAAGAACUUUCUGCAGCCCUAGAUAAGGUUCAAGAGGAAGCCCGUCAGCAACAAGAAACAUUGGCAAUUCAGGUGGGGGACCUGAGACUGGCACUGCAACGUGCAGAGCAAGCAGCUGCGAGGAGAGAGGAUUAUUUACGCCACGAGAUCAGUGAGCUUCAGCAGAGACUCCAGGAAGCAGAGAAUCGAAACCAAGAACUGAGUCAAAGUGUUUCUUCAACAACAAGGCCAUUGCUUCGGCAAAUAGAAAAUUUGCAAGCUACCUUAGGGUCCCAGACAUCAUCAUGGGAGAAAGUGGAGAAGAAUCUUUCUGAUAGGCUUGGUGAAUCCCAGACCUUGUUGGCAGCAGCAGUUGAAAAAGAGCGUGCAGCUACAGAAGAACUCCUUGCCAACAAAAUUCAGAUGUCUGCAGUGGAAUCACAGAAUGCUCUCUUAAGACAAGAAAACAGUCGAUUUCAAGCCCAACUGCAAUCAGAGAAAAGUAAGCUAAGAAAACUAGAGGAUGAAAAUAAUCGGUACCAGGUUGAAUUAGAAAACCUAAAAGAUGAAUAUGUAAGAACACUUGAAGAGACAAGGAGAGAAAAGACGCUGUUGAAUAGUCAGUUAGAAAUGGAAAAACUGAAAGUUGAACAAGAAAGGAAGAAAGCUAUUUUCACUCAGGAAGCAUUGAAAGAGAAGGAACCAAAACUAUUUUCAGUUUCCAGCACUCCCACCAUGUCACGCUCAAGUUCAAUAAGUGGAGUUGAUAUGGCAGGGCUACAAACAUCUUUUCUGUCUCAGGAUGAGUCUCAUGAUCAUUCAUUUGGACCAAUGGCUACAUCAGCAAGUGGAAGCAACCUUUAUGAUGCUGUGAGGAUGGGAGCAGGAUCGAGUAUUAUUGAAAGUCUACAGUCUCAGCUGAAGCUACGAGAAGGAGAAAUUACCCAUUUACAGAUGGAAAUUGGUAAUCUAGAAAAAACUCGAGCAAUAAUGGCUGAAGAGCUAGUUAAAUUAACAAAUCAAAAUGAUGAACUUGAGGAGAAAGUAAAGGAGAUACCCAAACUUCGUACUCAGUUAAGAGAUUUGGAUCAAAGAUACAACACUAUUCUGCAGAUGUAUGGAGAAAAAGCAGAAGAAGCAGAAGAACUUCGGUUAGAUCUUGAAGAUGUGAAAAAUAUGUAUAAAACUCAAAUAGAUGAACUUUUAAGACAAAGACUUAGUUAACUUCUGAAAAUUGAAUUCCUGUCAAGCUGAAUGUUAGCAUCUAAUAUCUAAAUGCAAACUUCCAAUAAAUUGUUUUAUAGAAUUAGAAAAUA